AUACCGAUGAAUAUAAUCUUUGGCAAUAUGUUGCCAAAGGUUUUCCUACACAUCUCCCACUACGAAAUUUACAAUGGAAAUCUGCGAAUAGGCCUGUUCGUACUAUACAUACUUUGGGUGUGGAGUUUAAACGACUUACACCUGAUACUGGAGGAAAGCAGCACCAAAUGCCUGCUUCACUCCUUGAAAAACCGUGUUUGAAUUUAUACUUUGUGAAUUGUGAUGAUAAUGAAACAUAUCGACAAUCAGUUAAAAAACAAAUUCGUGACUGGUUAAGCAUUGAACAGUUUUCGACAAAAUUAAAGCAGAUUUUAAUACGCCUAAACGCGAUAGGCACAUGCGUCUAUCUGAGACUAUCAGAUAACGAUUCAGAGGAUUUAGAAGCUUGGCAAGAUACAAUAUCAAAAAUUAAAGAAGGGAUACUUAAUAGUUUUGAUCAACAUGUGAUGCAAUACGAAGAUGAUAUACGCCGAUUAGACGCGCAAAGAACAAUUCCUGGUUGGAAUUAUUGUACGUUUUUUAUUUUGAAGGAAGGAUUAGCGCAAUCUUUUGAAAUAAUGAAUUUAUAUGAAGAUGCUUUACUCCAAUAUGAUGAAUUAGAAGCUUCGUUUUUCCAGGUGCUGAAAGAUAGAGCGCUAGCAUGGUUUGGCCACUUUGGUGGAAAAGAGCCCAAAGAUGAUAGUGCUAACAUUUUAGACAUUAAAAAGAAGCCAUAUCGCGAUCUCAUAAUGCAAAACGCUAUAUCUGUGUUCGAUUUUCGAAAUUAUCUAUUUGCACGACAAUGUCAAUUACUGGGUAGAUUGCAUAGACCUGUUGAAAUUUAUCGACGCGCCCAAAUAUUUGUUUCGUCAUUUGCGCGAUCGAUCAAUGACAGCAAGGAAACUGUAGGAAAGUACUUUUUGGAGUCGUGGAUUUAUUCGUCGUGUAUGAGCGUUGUAAACGAAUGCGAAGAGUUGGCGCCUGCUAAUCAUCUUGAUGAUGCGGAGUUGAUUGCUUUUAAUACUUCGAAAGGCGAGCUACUUGACCUCGCUAGGAAACAGCUUGACAAAUUGGGAAUAUAUUAUGAACAUUUACCAUCGGAUAUCCCUUUUAUGACUGCACUGAGUCAUUUCCCCUCGUCCCAAUUGAAUAAUCAUGAUGAUGAAGAAACCAUAAGUACGCCUGCAAUUACAAAUCCAGAUUUAUUGACUGCUCUCCAAUCGACAGAAGCCUUUGAUUUUCUUUAUUUGAAAAUAACGAAUGCCGCACAAAGAGUUUAUGAGGCAAGUACUCGUACACGAAGUGUGUUGCGAUUACAUGGUGAUGUUGCCGCUCUGCAGUUUCAUCGUCAAAAUUAUAGUGAUGCUGCUGCAUUAAUGGAAAAGUUACCGUGGAGUUACGGUGAACAUGGUUGGUCUGUAAUUGAAAAUAGUCUUUUGACUAAGUAUGCCGCGUGUUUAAAAAAAUUGGGUCAUAACCACGCGUUAUUGACUAAAGAACAAGCUGCAUUUUAUGGAGAAGAAUUAAAGGAACUUGCGGUUACUUUGGAGAUUGAGGUCUUAAGAUCACUCAGACCGAUGUUUGCAGUUCUAGUAACAUCAAUAGUCGACUAUAUUACUGAUGAUGAACCUUAUUUAAAGACAUUUACUUUUGAUCAACUCGCAGUCCGACUAGUCAGCGGAGAAAACGAUGAAGUUUGGUUUGUAAUUAGAGACGAGGAACUCAAACCUGGAAUUAACACGUAUCAUCUUUAUUCAGAUACUACAGCAUGUGGAAGUUAUGUAGUCGAAAAUUGUCGUAUGAAUAUUGGAAAAGUUGUAUUCACACACAAUUUCCUAAACGAAGGCAGGAAAAGAGCUUUUAGAAUAAAUGAUCAUCCAGCAAUUUUAAGAGCUCAAGUUGUUGCUCCCACCGAAAUUCAUAUUGGUGAACAGCAGUAUUUCAUUGCACGAGUAUUUACCGGUCUAAAAAGUAUCGAGGAAGGCACAUUAAUUCUUAAACCGAUUUCUGAAGGACUGUCUUUUCCUACGCAAAAUGCGUAUCAUGCUGUGAUCAAGUCUGUGGUUGAUGACACGAUAUCCGAUGAAAUUGUAAGCGAAGAGGAAUUGGAGCCUACGGAAUUUGGAAUACGGAUACCUGCAAUUGAACCAAAUCGAAUAAUUUUAUUGAAAAUUCCAUAUGACUGUAAUUGGGGCUCAAUAGAACAUAAGGUUAAAAUUUCUGUGAAAUAUGUGAGUAAUGAGAAAUCGCGUGUUUUUUCAUCGAUUGAUACGGUAAAAGUGUGGCUACCUUUCUCUGUUACGGAAUUUCACAUAUUUCGUGAUGACUGUCUAUACUUAAAAAUGGAUAUAACAUCGAAUGGAUCAUUACCUGUUCGGAUAUUAUCCACAACUCUACUCCCCUCAAAAAUGUACAAUGUCGUAGACAAUGCGGCGCAGACGCAGUCGACUAUGACCUUAUUUCCAAAACAACAUGCAUCUUUUGUAUACAAAUUAUCCAGGAAAGAUGAUUCACAAAUAGAAAAUUCCAAAAUAAUCAGUACACAAGUACACUUUAUUGUAAAACAUCGUACGCUUAAAGAUGGCAAUACAUUUAAUAAAUUAUUGAAAGAACAUAAUUUAUUACAACACUCAACCUUUGUCACGGACAAUGUAAAUGAACAAUUACUACAAAAUGUGGAUUAUCAUUGGUAUGGAAUGUCCGAUAUACUAGAACUUGGUGAAUUUGAUUCGACGCAGUGUGAACGAAUUUUUAAUAGUCAUGGAGAUGCUAAAAAGUCAUUGGUGAAUGUUGUCGCAGAGUUUUGGAAAGAGUACAACCAAAUUCAUAAAGAUGAUGUUGAUAAACUAGCAACAGGACUCAACGCCAAAAUAUCAUUCCCUAUUGAUGUGCCAUUAUCAAAGGUUCUGAAUACGGUCGAGCUUAUAAUUACAAAAUCAAACCAGCUGGUAGUUGGAGAACCGUGUCAUUGCUAUUUGAUAAUUCAACAAUCGUCAUAUUGGAAUUAUUCACCGCCUGGUGAAGAUAAAGAUAAGCCCUUGGAAUUCUUUUAUGACGUAAACGUAGAUUUCGAUAACUGGUUAUUAUCGGGGCACAAGAAAUUAUGCUUUAAAUCUAAGGUUGGAGAAAUACAAAAAUUUUUCAUCACGUUAGUUCCUCUUAAAACUGGUCAUCUGUUGGUGCCCACUAUCCGGAUCUCAAGUCUUUCGUCACAAAUCUUCUCGGAGACUGUUUACAUUAACAAUGCGCAGCAAGUUCUCGUUCGCCCUCGUACGCAAUCGGCUACCUUCUUUAUUGAGCAGCAGCAUCGUAUUCAUCCCAUAAACGCCGGUGUGUUUGGUGGGCCAGGACAUCAUCAUCUACCCAGCGAUGGAUAUGAUGAU